AUGACCAUUUCUACAGAAAUUUUUCAAACGACCUCAUUAGAAUCUAUAAAAUCUAAUCCUUCCGCUUAUGAAAAUUUAGAAGCGAUCCUUACUAAUAAAGAUGGACAGGUACCAUUACAUAAGCGUUUUCGAGCCAUUUUUACUUUAAAAAAUCUCGCUGACGAGAAAAGUGUAGAUAUACUUGCCAAAGCCUUUGAUGAUGAUUCUGCAUUAUUAAAGCACGAGCUUGCAUAUGUUCUGGGUCAAAUAAAGGAUCCAUAUGCAAACCCGGUGCUUCGUACCGUCUUAGCUAAUAAAUCGGAAGAUCCUAUGGUUCGGCACGAGGCAGCCGAGGCUCUUGGGGCAAUUGGAGAUUCAUCAUCAUUAGAUAUCCUUGAAGAAUAUCUAAAUGAUGAAUAUGCAGUGGUCCGAGAAACUUGCGAAUUGGCUAUUGCAAGGAUUAAGUAUGAGAAUGAUAAAGAAAAACUGGAUGUUCCUAAAAGUUUAUAUACUUCAAUUGACCCAGCACCACCAAAUAUAAAAAUUCAAUCGGUAUCAGAGCUGCGAGAAAUUCUUUUGGACGCAAAAUUACCAUUAUUUGAACGAUAUCGUGCAAUGUUUGCAUUAAGAAACUUGGGUAACACAGAGGCCGUGUUGGCUCUUGCUGAAGGUUUUAAUGAUUCAUCUGCUUUAUUUAGACAUGAGAUUGCUUAUGUUUUUGGACAAAUGCGAAGUCCAGCAAGUGUUCCUGCCUUGAUUAAAACACUGGAGAAUAUGAAUGAAUUAUAUAUGGUUAGACAUGAAGCAGCUGAAGCACUGGGAUCUGUUGCAACGCCUGAAUGUUUACCAGUGUUGAAAAGAUUCAAAGAUGAUCAAGAAAGGGUUGUCAAAGAAAGUUGUGAGGUAGCAUUAGACAUGUAUGAAUAUGAGAGUUCUCAGGGGUUCGAUAUGCUGACCGUCUAA